AUGCCAUUCGAUUCAGCUGCAAGAGAGCCAGAAGUUGGGUUUACGGCCAAUAUAUUCAAAGGAUCGAUGUCAGCGUCGAAUACCACCGUGUCGCAAACGCCUGGGCCUCAAAAUGUAACUCCUCGCGCCGAACUUGACAUCUCCAAGCUCCAUGCGUUACCAUCGGAACAACAAGACCUCUACCUUUUGACCCUAACUGCGGAUCUUGUUCAAUAUACCGCAAGUCUCGAUAAAGAUGAAAUUAAUUCUCAGCAGGAAUUCAUCAAGAGGGAGCUGUUGAAAAUCAUCAGACUCUCUUCGCCCGUACCAACAAGGGUGAUUCGAAACAACAUAGGAAGAUGUUUUGGGGCCAUAUUCUCCAAAGGAAAUCGGAAUAUACUCUACGACACGGUUAAUGAGUUACUUUCUGUUAUAAAUGCGGGGAAAAGCGAGAAUAUUAAAGCAAAAUUUGCUGCUGCCGUUGCACUGGGGGACAUAUUUUUUGCAACCGGGGAGGCUAUCAUCGCCCAGUCAAGUGUGGUAUGCAGCGCUUUGCUCAAGCUGUUUAAGUCUGCACAUAACCAUGUUGGUCUUAGAAGCUCCAUUUAUACUGCGAUAAAGAAGGUUGUGGCUGGUAUCGAUACCUUUCUUGACGAAUCCACUGCUAGGGACAUAUGGAAACAUGCUCGAAACGCGGCAACAGGUGACAAGGCUUACUCGGUCCAGGCAAAUGCCUGUCUAUGCCUAGAACAGUUGAUCAAAAGCACCCCUUUUUUUGACAAUGUGACUGACUUCGAGAACCUGAAAACCAUAAUCUGGAAAGUGAUCGACAGUCCCGUCGCUGGUGUUAGAAAUGCAUCUGCAGCAUGUCUUGCUGCCAUUCUUAUAAAAAGUCACGUUACCGGCAGUCAAGUUGACGUGCCGACUGUUAAACGACCCAAAAAGCCAUUGAAAAGGCAAGAUAUCACUGUUGUUGAGGACGAUCUUCCAGAGCGUUCUCAGUCGCCAUCCGGCCGAAAGACGGAAACUACUCUUGCACUGCAACUACCAGACCUCCUCCGCCAGUUAUCAAUCCAAUAUUGUCGGGCAUCCACGAGCAAUAGGGCAAGAGCCGGUAUCGCACUUUGCUAUAAACUUAUUUUCCGCAACCUAGGCGAAAAACUAGUCGAGGAGAAUUAUCCCGAUAUAGCCGGCCAUCUAAUUUUCACGCUCCUAAACCAUACAGCGAUAGUCAAUAAUCGGUAUCGAUUGCUCAUAACAAGGAAGUUUAUCAAGCAUAUCUUAGAGGAUGUAGUUGGCUGUGAAAUACUGAGUGAAAAUAGUUUGCUCAAUGCAGCAAAGUGGCUGAUCAAUGAUGUCUUGAAGGAUUACCCACAAGUGAUACAAGAACGACCAGAACCAAAUAAACAUACAUUGACCUGUGCUGUCAGCGCUCUGUCUUCUCUAAUAUCCUCAUUAGGAUCUGCUGUCACUGCAAUUACAGAUGCUUGCCGCGAUGCGUUAUUGCAGGUCUUGCAGCAUCCUAGCUAUACGGUCCAGAUACACGUCUCCCACUGCCUCCAAAGUUUUGUCAUUGCUUGUCCUCAGCAAUUGCUUUCAUGUAUAACAAUUUGUUUGAACAGCUUGCAUAGAGAGAUUGGGCAACUGUCAACGCCCAGGCAAUCAAGCCGGCGCUGCCUUGGCUACGCUCACGGCCUAGCGGCGAUGCUAAGCACAUCGCGACUUCAAUCACUGUACGGAUCCGUGGAAGUGUAUUCAAGGGUACUCACCCAGGCCACCGAUCUGCUCAAAACGAGCAGUAGCUCAGAGCUGAGGAUCGCCAGUACCCAGAUACAGGUAGCAUGGAUCAUGAUUGGUGGUUUACUACCUCUUGGCCCUAAUUUCACAAAGAUACACAUAUCUCAACUAUUCCUUCUAUGGAAAAAUGCCUUACCAAAAGCACUACCCAAAGACGAUUUGGUUAAACGAAGUCCCUUGGAAUUGAGUUUUCUCGCUCAUGUUAGGGAGUGCGCCUUGAGCUCGAUUCUUGUCUUCCUAGAGUUUAAUAGUAAGCUUGUCACUUCCGAUGGGGCAAAGCGUAUCGCUACGAUGCUUCAAAAUACUAUUAUAUUUCUGGAGAAUUUACCUCGCAUCAAGUCUACGGAAGAUAUUUCUCAGCGGUUGUCUCCUUCGUUGCACCUAAAGGACUUUCCUAUCCUUGUCCGGCGGCGCGUUUUACAAUGCUUUGCGAAAUUGGUGAAUCUAAGUCAUACCAAUGUCGCAGACAUCCUCUCAUUGUCAAAUGUUCUUGGGCUUGCAAUAUCUUCUUUUGCUGAUCCUGAUGUCAUAUCUGCCAACCCGCUUGACUCUUCCGUUGCAACUGCUGCGGCUAAUUUCGAGAAUCUGUGGGAUCUUGACGACAAUUUUGGGUUUGGCGUUACAGGCCUGGCUACAGAAUUUUCUCGGGACAGUGAGGUUAAAAACGAAAAUCUUGGGGCCAGACAAUUACCAGGAGAUACAGAGAAGACUAUCAAUAGCGCUUUAAUGUCGCCAAUUUGCCAAGGUAGGGAGCAUGAUUCAGUUCUCCUAUACUCCUCGAAGUACAUCAAACACAGAUCUCUGCCUGAUCCUCCAACCACGGAAGUUGUGAAUGCUGCCAUACAAUUAUUCGCCACAACGCUUCCCCUGCAAGCCGCAAAAGUACAGGAAAGUAGCGUCGAGCAAAUAGCAACGCUCUUGGCGUCACAGAGUCUUAUAAGAAACCCCGGUAGAAAGGCAGCUAUGACAGUUAAUGUUGCUGUAGCCUUGUUAUAUGCUCUUAGAGUCACGGUAAAGGAAACAGACUUUCCUUCUGGUGACAUGAAAAAUCCAGCCACCGAGAAAAUUAUUCAAGAGCUUCUUCAGAGGUUUCUUGGUGAUCCCGAUUAUAUCGUCCGUACCAUAGCGUUCGAAGCACUAGGCCGAUUAUGCAACAGCGCAGGUAACUCUUUUACAAAUUUUCAGAUUAAUUCUAUAAUUGAUAUCAUUGUGGAAAACCGCGACCCCAAUGCUCGAGCUGGCUGCGCCGCUGCGUUGGGCUCAAUCCAUGCUCAAGUUGGCGGCAUGGCUGCUGGGUUUCAUUUGAAAACCAUCAUCGGUGUGCUCAUGUCAUUGUGCAAUGACCCCCAUCCCGUUGUGCAUUUUUGGGCUUUGGAAGGGUUACUGCGAGUAGUUGACUCGGCGGGAUUAACCUUUUCCGCUUAUGUUUCCAGUUCCCUCGGUAUGCUCUCGAGACUGUACGCUUCGGAUACGCACAACAAAGACUCGGAAUCCGUUGCCACAGCUAAUCAUGAAUUCAUAUGUUCAACUCCAUUGGCCAUCAGUCAAUGUGUUGAUGCCCUUAUCAAUGUUAUUGGGCCCGAUCUUCGAGAAAUAAAGAAGACAAGGGACCUUGUUUUUACUCUAGUCAAAGAAUUUCAACUAGAAAGAGACAUUUUUAUGGUUGCUGUGAGCUCAAAAUGUUUGGAUCAUUUAUCGCUAUAUGCCCCAGAUCACAUGGAUUUCCCUGGCUAUGUUCACUGGCUACAGCAAGAGUUAAAUUCCAAAGAAAUGCAAAUAAGAGAAGCAGCAGUACGUGGUUUAAAUAACAUUAUGAAACGGGACCCAAACAAGGUUGUUCGGACAGCAUCAGCAACUUUCGAGGAUGAACUCUGGAUGGCAUUUGACACGAUUCCUGAUAACCAAUUGCUCAAAGACCUUGUCUACAAUUGGUUACACCAGACUGGAUUGACUGAAACUGCUAUUUGGGUCCAACGUUGUCACACUGUUUUUAGCAAAACUCGGCCGAAAGUUGAAGACGUGCGGAGUCCGUUGACCGCGGUAAAUACUGCGGCUCCCGACAUUCCAGAUGAUGAAGUAGCGGGGUUUGCGUCGGCAGUGGCCACGGGGGAUGGAGACUCCAGAGAGCCAGAGUCUCCCAUAGGCCAAGAAUUACUUAAAUGGCAAACGCGAAAUUUUGUGAUGAGCUGUCUGAGCGAGCUGUUAAAUAUGGUAAAUAAGGAAAUAUUGUCCGACCAGACAAUACCAGCAGAAGCCGCUCUUCAGGAAAGAGUUGGAGACAUUGUCAGGAUGGCAUUUUCUGCCUCUACCGCGAAUAUCAUUGAACUAAGGGUUUGGGGUCUUAAAAUCUUGGACCGUAUCUUAAAAAUGUUUGGGAAAACGCCAGAUCCAGAUUUUGCUGAGGCUUCCCUCCUAGAGCAAUACCAAGCACAAAUUGGGUCUGCUUUAACUCCAGCAUUUGCAGCCGAUUCUUCUCCAGAGCUGGCCUCGGAGGCGAUAAAUGUUAGUGCCACCUUCGUUGGCACUGGUAUUGUCACUAGUGUUGAGCGAAUGGGUCGGAUUUUCAAGCUUCUCGUUGCGGGAGUAGAAAACUUCGCCAAUAACCCCAACACUACCGAGAUCGGUGACCUGAAAGGACUAAAUUCAAAUGCUAGAGUAAUGGUGAAGCUCGCGCUCUAUUCAGCGUGGGCUCGGUUACAGAUUUCAAGCCCUGAACAGCAUUACCUUGUUAAAGUUGUGAAGCCAUAUACAGCUAUGCUCACUCCCCUUUGGCUAUCCUCACUUCAAGAAUAUGCGCGUCUCAGAUUUGAGCCGGAUAUAUCCAGCACCUUAGGCUCUAUCAGCGUUUCGGAUCAACUUGACGACACUUACGCUGCAUUAAAUCGUGAAAUACUUUUGAAGUUCUAUCAAGACUCAUGGCUCAAUUUUGUGGAUGCCAUUGCUAGUCUCGUUGAAAAAGACAGUGCCUUUGUUUUUGAUGCACUAGACAAAAAAGAAAUGAAAAUUAUGUCAGAAAGAGAUUUGGGUUCGGAAGCUGUCAUUACAAUGAAUGAUAAAGCGGAACCACAAGGCAAUUAUAUCAACUACCGCGAUGAGCCCGUCGCAUUUUUCUUUGUCCUUUUUGGUCUAGCAUUCGAGGCCCUUGUUAGCCAAUCGACCGCACCAUCCUCACAAAUUUUAGAAAUACUCCAUGCCUUGCGAAAAAUAUUACGACCUUCAGUUGCAGGAAACGCGGUAUACCAGGACUCUGUCUUUUCUGAAACUAUUGACGUACUAGAUAGACUUGUGAUGACAGAAAGCCAUAGCGCUCAAUCCGUGAUUGUGGAGAUUGCCCGAAACCUUGCACUGCAUCAUCAAUCGGCAACAAGAAGCGAACUUCGCACGGAAAACCUCUCGGAUGACAUCGAACAGCUUUUCGAGCUUACGCGAAACAUUAUCUUAGUCCUAGCAGGCAUUCUUCCCAAUCUUGGAGACUCAUCCCCAAAGCCUCGUGCUGUUAUAUCCGAGGACUCUACAUCUUUGAUCCAAUUGUCCUUGGCAUCCUUGGUGGAUAUCACCUCUGUUUUUCCAUCCAUUAUCCGUGCCGACUUACACGCCUGUAUACUUCACAUAUUUUGUACUAUUCUUGCGACAGGUAUCUGCCAGGCUGAAAUCGUACCUCAAGCACUCCCAAUCCUCCGGCGGUUUGCGCGUGACCUUACCAUUCAUAUACACCCUGACGAUGUUCAUGAGCAAGAUGAGGCAAAAACGAUCUCCCGCCAGAUUCGUGGCUGUGUUUCUUGCUUUCUAUCAAUCCUACGCACAGCGCAACGCCGGGAAUCUGAUACCUCCCUUCCUUGUGCCAAAAACACUCUCCUUGCGCUCACAAUUGUACUCACAAGUGGCGGGCACGUGAUACCUCCAGGAGAUCCAUUAAUUCCACAAGUUCUUCAAGAAAUAUUUGACUGUAUUCAAGAUCUUGGCCUUGCAAGCGUGGCGGCAGGGUGCAUCAGAUCUCUUCUCCAUUCCACUCCUCGCUCGCCAACCGAUGAUAUUAUUGCUCGUUUUCUAUUUCCCCGUCUCAUAGCGUUUAUUGCGAAUAUACCUACGACGAUCGAUGGCACACUGCCAAUUGACCCUGAACAUAUAAAGGCCACCAUCGCUCAGACCCUCAUAUCCUGCGUAGGGCUGGCAACAGUCCCUUUCCGUUCCGCUUUGACUGCAAUGGCGGUCCUAAUUCCAGCAUUGCUUCAACGAGCCCAGUUAGAAGGACAUGACGUGUAUAAAGAGACUGCGGGAAUGCUAUUAGAGCUAGCACGGGUUGACCAAACAUCGUUCAAAAAUUUUGUUGCGAGAAUGGAGCCCACUCUAAGAUCUUUGACAAAAGAUAUUCUACAGAGUACUGGUAUGAGGAGCCCUGGGGUUGGGGGGCACGAUACGGAUGAUCAGACCACCGCUGCGCCAACCAUCACGCUACGGAUGGACUUUUAG